AUGGCAUCCUCAGCAAUCAAUGGAGAUCGAGCGCUAGAUCUCACAGAGGCCGUUGUCACACUCCAGCAAACAACAAGGAAAUUUAUCGCAGACACCAUAGCAGGGCGUGAGGGGUUCGUUUUGAGACCCUUCUCUUCCGCUGAUGAUGAGAACGACACGGGAAAUAUGCUCAUCAUAACCUCGCCUGACAAAGAGAUCAAAACUCACCUGGAAGCGCUGGAAAUGCAACUACGGGUGUUGGAACAACGAUUACGAUCGCGAGGAGAUUGGCAUCCAUCAGAUCAAUUACUCAACAUAUCACUACCAACUAUUCUCGACAUCAUCGACCUCUCAAACGCGAUCACGCUGCUCGACCAAUUGAUCACCUCUACAAGCCCCGGUGAACAGACUACCCCACAGCAGACAUUGUCAGCGUAUUCUUGGACUUGGGAUCCUGCCUGGCAUGAGUUCUACACCUACAUACCCUCUCAGCAAACAUAUCUUUACCUUUCGCGCUGGAAGUUGAAUGAGAUCAGGAACGUUUGGGAGCAUGUGAGCAUGGCUGGUGUAAAUCUGAUGCCGGAUGUCGCGGUAGAAAUGCUAGGUGCGUGGGAAGACUGGACCUGGGAUUCAACGUGGAAACAGUGGUACCUGGACGUCGCCGAAAACGACACUGAGGAGAAGAGUCAGGUUUUCGCAAGCCCAUGGCGUGUACAAGGAGAUGGUGAAUGGGUCUAUGUUGGCAGGAUAGGCGGCGUACACUAA